AGCUAGAGACAUGCCCAGUAACCAAGUAAUAUAGGUUCAUCAAUGAUACUCCAAGCUCCAUCAAUGGUAAUCGUGGAUUCUUACUAGUAAUUGGUGAUGAUUAUUUUGGUUACGUACGGGAAAUGAUGAACUAAUAUGAUAACAGUGACUUCGUCGUCUUGGCAAAUUACGGUGUUGCUGAAAUCGUCAAUACAUGGAAAUGGUAUGGAAGACCUCAGUGGACUGCGAUACCCUUGAGUAAAGAUGACAAGUUUGCACAUGGUGGUGAAUCAGAAUCUCUCUAGAAAAACAACACAUCGGCACUGACCCCCCACCCCUCUUUUUUUGACAUGGACACCUCGUCCGCCUGGAACUAGCCAUGUGCUAAUGCUCUCCUUCUUCAGUCUAUAUAUAGUCGAGUGAGAAUCACACGAAUCAUCAUCAUCCAGGACUGAUCAAACAGAAUGAAGCAAGUGAUCGUGUUCAAGGUUCAGAUGGCAUGUGGGAAAAGCAGGGUCAAGGCUCGCACGGUGGUGGCAAAAGCUUGUGGAGUGAACUCUCUGGCAUUACAAGGAGACGACAGAAUCGUGGUCUCUGGAGAUGGGAUUGAUGCAGCCCAUUUGACAUACUGCUUGAGGAAAAAAGUUGGGCAUACUGAUAUUAUCAGCAUUAUGCUCAUGCACCAGUAAACAUGUCAAUGCUACCUACAAAUGGCCAUGUAUAUAUCAUGACCACAUCAUUCAUUAUAGUAUAUAUUUAGCUUUGAUUAACCUCUAAGUCUAUUCUCUGGGGAAGCUUUAAGAUGUUGAUACAGAAAAUCAGCAACAGUAAUUAACUUCCUGCAGCCAGUAUUUCCUUUUCUUUUCAACUAUGUAGUACUCUACUUCUAAUCAAUGAAAAGUGUAGCUUUGUUAGCAAAA